CUUCCGUCCAGUGGCUUUUUUGUAUAUUAAUUCACGCUCUAAAACAUCCAAUCCAGACCCAGAAUAGCGGUGAGUCUGCCACACGAUGACGUCUCGUUUCUGUUUCAAAUAGAAGCCUCCGCGACUUUAAUACUUAUUGCUUAUCCACAUUCCCAGCCUUCCAUAGUCGUCCUGAUUUUCCGGCGUCUCGUACAAAAAACAAACCGACCUUGAAAACACCACACCUGAGGAUCGACCUCUCCCCUUGUUGCAUAAUGUGUGACUUGUGCCUGGAUGUGUGAUCGUCCUCCAGUUCGCAACAGAAUUGGCUUAUCAAUCAGCCAAUCGGCCGUCUUUCAGGAAACUCUUUCGGCGCCCCAUUUCCACCUGUGCUGCCAGGCAGCCCGUACAUACCCUGCCAGAACGCGGCCGUAUAACGUCAAAUCGGGCUCAAAAUGGACCAAGCGCUGCCGUUAGGCUUGAAUGCCAUCCCAUUUGCCACACAACACUAUGAUAAAGUCUGGGACCCUAUCCAUCAUCGGUACAAGAAGAUGCGUGGCCGGGUACCCAAGGACGACCCGAACAUUUGGGAAAUGCGCGGACCAGAAGAAAAGGGCCUAGUACUGCGUCGUCGGCGAGAUGUCGCUCCUGAUGAAAAGAUUGUCGAGGUUGUCAGACACAAGGGCGAAAUCCUCCCAAGACGGCCGGGUCAACCACGACGAAGAGCCAGUUCCAUGAACAAUGCUCGAGCUGCAGGCGCAGGGGCUGGAGCUGGAGCUGGAGCUGGAGCCCUUGUCUCCUACAAUGAUCGCCAGAACGGUUACCGCGAUGCACGUGAUAGCUAUUACGACUCGGAGGGUUCUGUGCCUCCUCGAUCCCGCGUUCGAGCCAAGUCGAGCUCUGGACGGUCUCGUAGACGGCGUGGUUCCUCGAGCGAUUCCUCCUCAUCAUCCGAAAGUCUACUGUCGUCCACUGAGGAGGAAAAGAAUUGUCGCAAAAUCCAGCGCAAGAAGUGGAUCACUGCGGCGCUUGCCAGUGUCGCUACUAUCCACGCGGCUUCGAAGGUUUACUCCUCGAUCGAAAACCACGACAAACGAAUGGAGAAAGUGAGAGAGGGCGAGCUGUCACCUGAAGACGCCCACAAACAGGCACGCGCGUCACGUUGGCAAGAUGCCGCAGCCAUUGGUAUUGCGGCCCUUGGUAUCAAAGGGGCCGUGAGCGAGUGGAACGAGGUCUCCGAGGAGCACAGUGAGCAUCGCAAAAUGCUGCAAGAGAGAGAAGAGCACCACAAGAAGCGACUGGAACGUGAACGCCGCCGAAAGGCCAAAGAAAAAGGCGGGUACUACAAGGGACGGGAUGGUCAAUGGUACUACGACGGGCCCGUUCCUCAGAGCAGCGACAGCUACCGAGGGGGCAGCGGUGUUGCAGGCCGCUACGACGACACCAACCUCGUCAAAGAUUCGGAGCGUCGGCGCCGGAUGGUCGAGGAUGAUGCAGUUGACAGCGAAGAUUACCGAUCACGAUCACGUGCGAAGUCCAGAAGUCCUUCGAAAAAUAGAAAGCUGGAGAGGACGAGAACAACGCUGGGACAGUUGGGCGUUGAGGCGCUUGACGAAGUGAUUGGAAAGAUUUGAAGCAUGGUGUCGCAUGGCAUUGGCAUUGGCAGUGGCAGUGGCAUUAGCGAGCGUAAGGAUCCUUGCAUCUCAUGUUGGGUUUGUGCGUUGAGCUUGGUUCGAUCGGCAUAGCAAAAACCAUCAUUGCAACUAGAUUCACAUUCAAGAUGCGUGAAGUUUUGGGGUGAGCGAUCGGAUAUACGAGGUUAUGAGACACGAAUGAUGACUGGAAUGAGAUAGAAAUAUGUUUGUCCCUCUGUUGUCGUCCUCUUUGAGAUGGGCUAUAUCGCGUCUUGCAGCUGGCGAAACCAUUUGUCUA